AUGGAGGAACUACCUGUGUUUCGCGCCGCGAAGCGCAGAAAGCACACAAAAGGGCCAUCCCAAAUAGUACCAGAUUCCGCCACGGUUGAACCUGGAUCGCCCUCGAAAAGGCAACCAUCUGGUGAGAAUAUCACGUCGGAAGAUAGUGACUCUGGCGAUACCAGAGUGACGUCCCUAAUCAAAGCAAGAAAGAAUCUAAGACGACCGACUACUGGUGUCCACUUUUCGACGUCGAAAACACGACUUGGAGAGGACGAUGACAACAAUGGAGCUCUUGUCAAAACCGAUCAGGCAGUUGACAGGCCAAUAGAUAUCACACAGAGGUUUGUUGGAAGUUCGGGUCAGGUGGUCAACGUGGAUCAACAUAUGAUUGCAUUUGUAGAUUCGGAAAUGGCUAAACGUCGCGAGAUGCAGUCGCCAUCUUUGGAGAAUGUGACAAAGUCUACAAAUCAUGAAAAUCCCGAGAAUGCUCAAACGUCCAACGGUAUACCGAUUUCUAUCAGGCAAGGAACAUCAACAAACCCGGGUUCUAUUCAGCAGCUCUCUGAAGUAGAUCUGGGCUCAUCAGCUCACGAACUCAAUCUAGCACGUACACAAGCGGCACUAGAACGGGCCAGACUUGGCAAAGCACCUAUUGAAGAAGAGCAAGCUAAACCCCUCAAGCCUCGUAAACCACGUCUUGGCCGUGACGGGAAACCUAUGAAGCCUCGGCCUCGGAAACGGAGGAAUAGUGACGACAUCGCACGAGAUGCGCUUGUUGAGCAGGUAUUGCACGAAAAUCGACUCGAUUUGUAUGAGGCCAGUACUAGUGGUCAGGCACCAGGUGGGACGCCAGAUAUAUCGGCCGCCGACACCGCGCAGCAGGAUGAACGACUGGCCGAAGAGUUUCGUCAGAACUUCCUUGACGCGGUGGCCCAGCGACAACAGAGGAACAAAGCGGCCAGUCAGCCCAAAGUACCUGGUGCGACGACUGAGACCAAAGGUCCGAAGCUGGGAGGGAGCAGGAGUGCACGCGCCAAAAUGGCACAGUAUCAGCAGCAGCAACAGGGGAAGAAGUGA